AUGGAAAACGAUAACAUGAAUACUGUGGAUAAGUCCGGUGAGCAAGAACCGCUAAAAUCGGAAUCCAAAACUAAUAUUCAAGAGUUAAGUUUUUGGGGUAAAUUAAAAUAUGCGAAAUCGAAUAUAACCGUGGAGCCGGUUUUAGGGUUUUUCGUCAUGCCCAGUGUUUUAGCCAUGUUAGCAACUCAAAACCUUAAUUUAGAUAAGGCUUGUAGAGUCAAUUUAGAAUUUGAAGAUCAAAUAUGUACCGAUUUAAGACUUAGAAAACGAGAUAAUCACACUUUCGAAGAAGACGAGGUUCAAAAGCUGAUCGCGUCUGUACUGGCUUGGAAAAGUAUCAUACACACAGCAGUACCUACUAUUCUUAUGUUGUUUAUUGGAGCUUGGAGCGACAAAACGGGAAGAAGGAAAAUUUGUAUGCUAUUACCAAUCUUUGGGGAAUUCAUGACGUGCGUCCUAAAUAUGAUGAACACGUACUUGUUCUAUGAAGUCCCUGUGGAGUUGACUGUUUUCAUGGAGGUCUUAUUCCCGUCUCUCACUGGUGGCUGGUACACUAUGUUGUUAGGUUUUCCUAUAGGGAUGGGGUUGAGCGGUGUGCUUUUAAAGUUCACGGGAUAUUAUGGGGUGUUCUCUCUAUCCGCUAUUUUUCAAAUAAUAAACUUCUUAUAUGUCAUGUUUGCAAUCGAAGAUCAUAGAUGGCUGGAAAAUAAGAAUAAGAAAAAGCGUACAGGAUGUGUUGGUUUCUGUAUAGAAUUCUUCGAUUUCCACAGUCUUAAGAAAACGUUUCAGAUAGCAUUUAAAAAGGGCACGAAUAAUAGAAGAUUGAGGAUAUGCCUCAUCCUGACCGUAGUGUGUUUAAGUUUUGGACCAUUGUGGGGUGAAAUGAGUAUAAUGUAUAUUUUUGCACGGUAUCGUUUUAAUUGGGAUGAAGUAAAGUACAGCAUUUAUUCCACGUACAAUCUCAUCACACAUUCUUUGGGUACAAUGUUCUGCAUAAGUGUAUUUAGUAAGAAGUUAGGAGUAGAUGAUGCUAUGUUGGGAAUGAUAUCCGCAACUAGUAAAGUUGCUGGUUCUUUUGUACUCGCCUUUGCGCGAAACAAUAUCGAAGUUUACAUGGCUCCACUCUUAGAGAUAUUAAACGGCACAACGACCAUCGCUCUCCGUUCGAUCGCCUCUAAAUUGGUUUCUCAUCAAGAAUUGGGUAAAGUGUUUUCUCUGUUUGGCCUCGCGGAGACGAUGAUGCCACUUCUCUUCGCACCUUUAUACUCUCGCGUGUACAUCUUGACGUUACACGUAUUGCCCGGCGCAGUUUUUCUUCUCAGUGUACUCGCCACAUUGCCGACAUUUGUAAUAUUUAUGUGGUUCUACAAGCAGCAUAAACGAGACGCUAAAGAAAAUUUAUUAAACCUUACAAGCUCUACACCGGACACACAAGCAAUUGUC